AUGGGAGAUAUCAGUGAUAAUAAUAUUGGUGAUAACGGCAGUGUUAAAGAGGAUAUUAGUGAUCACGGCAGUGUUAAUGGGGAUUUUAGUAAUCAUGGCAGUGUUAAUGGGGAUAUUGGCGAUCACGGCAGUGUUAAUGGGUAUAUUGAUGAUCGUGGUGGUGUUAAUGGGCAGAAUGGUGAUCACGGUGGUGUUAAGGGGCAGAAUGGUGAUCACAGUGGUAUUAAUGGGUAUGGUGGUAAUUUUGGCAGUUACAAUGGUGUUACUGGUGGUUAUAAUGGUGAUAUUGGGGAUACUACUGGGAAUAUUGGCAGUAAUAAUAAUGGUGGUAUGGUUAAUAAUAGUGGUGAUACUGGUACUAACAUUGGGAUUAUGGUUGAUGGAAUGGGGGUUACUUAUAUAUAUAAGGGUGAUAUUCAUGAGGAUGCUAUGUAUAAUGACCACAAAUAUAAAGUGGUUUUAUCAGAGGAUGUUGUGCUAAAUCCAGGCAUGAGGAAUAUGGUGAAAGUCAAGCUGAGGGAAGUGAAAAUGCCUAUGUAA